AGCACGGGCUCUGGGCGCCUGGGCUUCAGUAGUUGUGGCUCACAGGCUCCGUAGUUGUGGCUCGUGGGAUCUAGAGCGCAGGCUCAGUAGUUGUGCUGCUUUCAAUUUAUUGACUUCUGCCCUCAGGGUUACAAAAUAGCUGAAGCAGCUCCAGACAACACAUUUGCACAUAAUAUCCAAAGGUGAAAAGAAAGAGGAAAGCUCUCUUAGAAGACCCUAGGUUUCCCCUUGCAUCCCACUGUACAGAAUUAUGUCACAUUUCCAUUCUUAGACCAGUCACUGGCAAGGAGAAUGGAAUUUCCAAGUUGGACUUAGACAAGUUAAGAUUUACCCACACUGGUCAAGUGGUCAGCAAAGAAGAAGGGAGAGAGUAGAUAGUGCCACUUACUAACUUAUUUGCAAAUAUGGAUAAUAAUGGCAAAUAUUUUCAUAGAGUUGCUGUGAAGAUUUAGUGAGUUAAAGUGUUUACAGUAGUGCCUGGUACAUAAUAAGUGCUCAGUAAAUGCUAUUAUUAAAUAGCGUUUGUUAUUAAAUAGCAGUUCUACAGAUGAGAAAAUGGAUUCAGAAAGCUUAAGUGCCUAUGUGUCAGACCUGAGACUAGAAUUAAGACCUGGUUGACUCCAGAACCCACACUUUCCACUGCACCAGUUGCCAAAGUUGGAAGUGGGCAGGUGUGGCACCCCUGCUCUUCAACUUGAAGGUAGAUGGGAUGAUCGGUUCAAUGUAAUUAAAUCUCCAUUGCUUCCCAGAAUUGCCCUUCUGCAUGAAAAUUUUGAAACCCUUGAAAGUAGAGCCUGGAAACCCUGGGAUCUUGGCCUCUUACCAUCUCCACCCCUUCCAGGAUUCCAUAGCCAGCUUGUCUCCAACCAGGACUUUGAGUAAAACCUCACACAGCUGGUAUUAGAUUGAAGGCUCCUAUUUACCGAGGCUUGGCCUGUAAGCUGAUUUAGCAGCUACAGGGCCCUUCAAGCUUGGCUGUAGGGCCCACCUAGCAGCUUCAGGAAAGGCAGGGUGCUGGAAGAGUAGGCUGGCCAGCUGGUAUGGAGGAGCAGUUGGGAUUGACAGCAGCAGGAGUAUCUUUAGCUUUAGCUGUGCUGCCUCACCCCAAGGAGAAGCCAGGCCUUAGGAAACGGGCCCCCCAAACCACAGCCUAAGCCUUGGUCAGGUUGGCACAAUGACAUUCAGCUGCGAGGCCUUCCUUAUACUUUGCUAUCUCCCUCCCUGUGCCCCCUUGCCUUGCAAUGACAUUCCCUUCCCUUGGGGCCCUGGCUGCACCCCACAAACCCUGCUCACAGCUGCCACAGGUGGACUCCAGCCCUUCCAGCUGUUGAGCCCAUUCUUCAUGUCGUGUCUUGGGAUUAGUCAGUUGAUGGGAGGGCCUAGGAUAUGUGGGUGGCAGUGGAUUCUCAUCUGUCUCAGCUCCUUAAACCCAGGCCCCCAGGAACCCAAAGAGAUCUGCAGCAGCCAGAGCAGCAAGAGUUUUAAAUCAGACCCAGGACUUCUUUGUGGUCAAAAGGCAAGGGGGAAGGAAACAAGACUGGAAGGCCUGUGAGACGUGAAACCUUUUCAGCUCUGCCCAGGGUGCUCCAGGCAAGCCCCAGGAGAGGACCUUCACCAAGCCCAAGGUCCGAGAUGAACAGCAGCGCUGGGGACCUGGGUGUUGGUGCUGGCGGCCGCAGCCCCUGGGGCGACCCUGCUGGCUUCAUUGUGGUGCCCACAGCCUUCGCCUUGGCGCCGGGCCUGGGGCUGCCGGCCAACGUGGCGGCCCUGGCAGUGUUCGUCCGCCGCGGCAGGCGCCUGUGCCAGGCCUUGUGUCUCCACCUGCUCAACCUGGCCAUGGCCGACGUGCUCUUCAUGCUUACACUGCCGCUGCGGCUCACGUACUACCUGGGCCCGACCCACUGGCUCUUCCUGGAGGCUGCCUGCUGCGCGGCCGGGACCACCUACUGCGUGUCCACCUACGCGGCCUUGGCCUUCGCGGCGCUCACCAGCGUGUGCCGCUGCGGCUCGGUGCGGCCGCCCAGCCCUGCGCCGCUGGGGCCCCGCCCGCGCCACGUGUGCUGCUGCCCGGCUGGCCGGCCAGGCCUGUGCCGCACCCUCGCUGGCCGCACCGCAUGCGCUGCGCCCCAGGCCGGGCAGCGCCAGCGCGGACCUGGCCUACGACACCGUGGCCGCCUUCCCCGCCGCCUUCCUGCUGGUGCUUGCGGCCUAUGUGAGCUUGGCGCGGGUGCUCGCGGCGCCCUCGGGCCCGGGACCGGCCCUCGCCCCAGACGGUCCAAACCGGCGCGCGGCCAGGACAAUGGUGCUCGGGCACCUGUUGGUCUUUGCCCUCUGCCUGGCGCCCUACCACCUGCUGCUGGCGCCCUGGGUGGCCGGGCAGGAGGACACCGUGGGCCGCGACGACAGAGGGUGCCAGGCCACCUCCACGCUUGACGUCCUGCACACCCUCAGCCUGGCGCUGCUGAGUCUCAACAGCUGCCUGGACCCACUCAUCUACUGCUUCUCUGUGCGCAGCUUCUGCCAGGACUGCUGGGCUCUGAGCUGCCUCCCGGGGGUAGGGAGGUCCGGGUCACACUCGGUCUCCUCGGCCUCCACGGCCUCCUCCUAGAGAGUCCCCUGGCCUGCUGCCUGCUUCACCCCUGCCACCCUCCCAGUGGCGUCCUGGGUGGUGAAAGCUCUUUGCAAGGACCUAGACUCCAGUCCUGACGCAGCCACAUACUAGCCGCCUGUAGUUGUAGACCUCCGGGCUCUGUCAAAAGGGGAAAGAACAUUCUCUAUUGACCCGAAUGUUUCCUAGACUUUGCCAGUGUUUGGAUACAGAUAAUAUGCCAUUGCUUUCAAAAUCUCUGGGGAUAAACCCCAAAGUCCUAAACAGGGCCUACAAGGGCUAACUGCCUCCUGCUUCUCUCUCAGCAUCCUCUCAUCCUCAUUUUCCCUCUUCUCCUCUACCACAUCUGCCCGUCUCCGUGGGUUGAGUCACCUUAUCAGUCCCUGGAACAGACCAGUUUCCUCCUCUUCAAAGCCUUUGCAGCUGACUGCCAGGAAUGAUGUCCCUCCGUCUCCUUUGCUAAGUUAAUUCCUUUCCAUUCUCACUUCCUCAAACGUAGCUGUAGGGAAGCCUUUGUUGACCAGCACCACAUACACCAUUCCCUAGACUGGGUUAGAUCUGGUUGCUCCUUUAUAGCUCUUUCCACAAUUGCAAUCAAGCAAUUAACUGGUUAGUUCUUUUUUUUUUUUUCUGUUGUUCUUUUUCUCUGUAUUUAUGUCGAUCCAUGAGAGAGUGCCAUUUUUGUAGACCCAAAAGGGUUGAAUAGUGGCAGUUUUAUUUUCAUCCAAUUCAACUUAAUAAAUUCCAUGUUUGUCAUAUUUA